AUGACGAAUGAGCAACUUCAAUCUUCUACUGUACUUCCUGUGUCGGACAAUAACGAUGAGAAUCGUGAACUUGUUGGAUUAAAACUGAAACAUUUUCAAGAUGAACCAAGCGUCAAUAUUGUUAAUGGUAUGUCAGCCAAUGAUACAAAUGAUGAUCCUAAAGACAAGAAACUCUUGCGUAAACUUGAUCUUUAUAUCAUACCUGCUAUGACAUUACUUUAUUUACUCAGUUUUCUCGAUCGAAUUCCAUCGAAUUUGGCACUGAAAAAAUUUCGACCAAGUCGAUGGAUACCACUUAUUAUGAUUAUUUGGGGUCUUGCAACGAUUUAUAUCGGCUCUGUUAAAUCUUAUACGAAUCUUCUUAUUUGUCGACUUAUAUUAGGUGCUGCUGAAUCAGGCCUGUUUCCAGGAAUCAACUACUAUCUAUCAAGUUGGUACAAAAGACGUGAAAUUUCGUGGCGUGUUAGUAUUCUUUUCGGUGCUGUGUCACUAGCUGGCACCUUUGGUGGUAUUCUUGCAUAUGGAAUCAAUCAUAUGCAUGGUUUGUUGGGUCAAGAAGGUUGGCGUUGGAUCUUUUAUGUCGAAGGUUUAGUUACUGUCAUCGUCGGAGCAUUUUCCUACUUUUUUAUCAGUGACUUUCCAUCGGAUCGACCAAAGUUUCUUACUGAAAAUGAAUGUAAUCGUGUCAUUUUUCGUUUACGUACUGAUGCCGGACCUGGUGCUAGCGAACAUUUUAGUUGGGCUCAAGUUGGUUCAGCUUUUUUAGAUUGGAAAUUAUAUGUUUGGUCAUUGUGUGGUAUCACUAUAACUAUACCAUUUCUUUCACUCGGUUUCUUCUCUCCAACUAUUAUUGCUAAUCUAGGUUUUGUCACUUAUCAAGCACAACUUCUUACUGCUCCACCAUAUGCUUUUGCCUUUAUUACUACAAUGAUUACUGCCUAUUUCUCCGACAAAUAUGCUCGUCGUGGCAUUUUCAUCAUGUUCUGGUCAAUAAUUAGUACUAUUGCUUAUAUAAUUCUUAUUUUGGUCGAUAAUUUUGCUCUAAAAUAUUUUGCUAUUUUUAUUGCAGUUGGCGGAUUAUCACCAUGUACGGCAAUAUGUAUCAGUUUUCUCUCAUGUAAUGUUAGUCCUCAUAUAAAACGAGCUACUGCAAUAGCAUUCAUGUUGUCCAUGUGUAACAUUGGAGGAGCCAUCGGUGGCCAAAUUUAUAGACAACAAGAUGCACCUCGUUUCAUUAUGGGUCAUUCUAUCAAUCUUGUCUGUUGUAUCUUAAGUUUUAUUACUGCUGCUCUUCUUGUUGUUUAUCUUUAUUUGGAGAAUCAACGACGUGAUCGUUUAUAUGGAAAAGUCGCAAACUAUACGUUAACGAAUCCCAAUACAGGCACCAUAGAUGUAUUUGGUUUGGGUAGCGUCGAAGAUCGACAACGAUGGGGCUAUGAAAACAUGUCUGAGAAAAAAAUUCGUGAUUUAGGUGAUAAACAUGUUGCAUGGCGAUAUAUGUUAUAA